GUGUGUGUUGGAGUAUUUUAUUCGGUGGUGGGUACACCUACCGCCCCUAUAUAUAACGACCGUUAUUCCAUCAGGAAACUCAACCACCUCUCAACUACGACAAUGGCGACCACUACCUCUUUGGAAGAUGUUCCUUCACUCGACAUGAUGACCGAGCUUCUUCGCCGAUUCAAGUGUUCAUCUAAGCCCGACAAACGUCUCAUUCUUAUCGGUCCUCCUGGAUCGGGAAAAGGCACUCAAUCCCCAAUCAUUAAGGAUGAAUACUGCCUAUGUCACUUAGCUACGGGCGACAUGCUGCGAGCCGCUGUUGCAGCCAAAACUCCACUCGGGAUUAAAGCUAAGGAAACCAUGGAGAAGGGGGAAUUGGUGUCUGAUGACCUUGUGGUUGGGAUAAUUGAUGAAGCAAUGAAGAAGCCAUCGUGUCAAAAAGGGUUCAUUCUUGAUGGUUUUCCUAGGACAGUUGCCCAGGCGGAGAAGCUUGAUGAGAUGCUUCAAAAACAAGGAACUAAGAUUGAUAAGGUGCUCGAUUUUGCAAUUGAUGACUCCAUAUUAGAAGAAAGAAUUACUGGUCGUUGGAUUCACGCUUCAAGUGGAAGAACCUACCACACAAAGUUUGCACCUCCAAAGGUUCACGGAAUUGAUGAUGUUACGGGAGAACCUUUAAUGCAACGGAAAGAUGAUACCGCGGAAGUUCUCAAGUCAAGACUGCAGGCUUUUCACAAGCAAACUGAACCAGUUAUAGACUACUACAGAAACAAGGGUGUCGUUGCAAAGCUUCCUGCAGAGAAACCCCCGAAGGAGGUGACCGUUGAGGUUCAGAAAGUUCUAUCAGAGUAACGGAACGUUCUUCUCCGUUUUCUUGUUUGUUACUUUGCAUGUUGUAUUUAAUCCGAUACAUUAUCGGAUCGGCUUAUAUUGUCGAAGAACUCCCCCUUUUGCUACAAUUUCCAUGAGGAGCAUCUCAUUGAGUUGCUGACAACAUAGAAUAAAAA